AUGGACGUCGAAAGACUAAUUAACAAAGUGUGUGAACGCCCGGUGUUGUGGGACCAGAAAAAUAAAUAUUGCCACAAUAGGGAUUUUGUUCGUGGAGCAUGGAAUGAAAUAGCUGAAGAUUGUGGAACAGACAGCGAGGUACUGAAGAAUAAAUGGAAGAACCUACGUGACACUUUCCGCUCUGAACUCAAAAAAACUCGUGCUGAACGUUCAGGAGACGGUGGCAUGCCGCAUUUCCAAUCCAAUUGGCUGUGGUACGAGCUAAUGACCUUCCUGACUGACAUAAUGACGCCACGGAAGACGAAGACUAAUGUUCAUCACAGUAAAAGAACAGCAUCGCAACACGACGACGCACACGACAACGUACCAUUUUCACCAGCUCUCAACAGAGAAAGAGAGUGUUUCACCUGAUGAAACCAACCAAGCCAGGUCUUCAACACUGUAAGUUCAGAGGGAAGCGUUUCGAUGCCUCCUCCCUCACCCACCCUACACACAAACCAAAACAAGAGACCCAAGAAAUUGACAAACUCUGAGAUGCUAAAUAUAGAGAAGCAAAAGUUAAAGCUAAUUAAGCAGCAAAUGUCUAAAUCAGAAACGCAAGAUGACAGCUAUCAUUUUGUAGUGAGUUUGCUUCCAGCAAUGCGAAAACUAUCACCAGCAGUUCAGUUGAGAGCCAGGAUAACAAUUCAG